CUGAUCACCUUCUGCCCGACGAGCCGAUUAAUUCUCAGCUAUACAGAGAGCGCGUUGAGCCGUUCGUUGGCUCAGUUGCGGCUAAUGUGCGAAGCAAAUAGGAGCUCUCUGCUGCUGCUGCUGCUGCUGCUCCUGCUGCCGGCCGAUCGAACAACGCGUAUUUUCCCAUCGAACUGGUUUUCAACCGUAGUGCCAUAACCGACUGAAACGGAAGACUGUUUUGUUAUUAGUGAAGAAUGGUGCGAAUAAGGUGUGUUGGGGUGUUGUUGUUGGUGGUGGUUAUCGGAGGGAUCAACGCACAGAACGUAGGACAGAGACAGUACCCGCAACAGUUCCGACCAGGUCAGCCACUGGUUCAGAGCAACAACCGGGCGACGCCACCCCCGCAACAGCAGCAGUCUGGCCAAGGUCAGGCAACACAGUUCCAGUAUGACACAGCAUCUUUUGCGGUGACGGAGCUUGCCAGACGCAUUGGAACCGUGCUGGGCCAGCAGAGCAACGCCGCGGUGUUCUCUCCCGUUAGCAUAGCUUGUGCCCUUUCUCUCCUGCUGCUCGGAGCGGAUAACCAGACGAAACGAGAGCUGCAGAGCGUGCUGAACUUUAAUCUUAAUGAGCUGGAUAUUAAAGGCGUCCACCGACAGUACGGACGAUUGCUACGAGAACUAGCCUUAACCAGUCCCGAUACAUACCCAAUCCCGUGGCGGGUUAACGAUCGUUGUUCCGACGACGACGACGAAGACUUUGCGCCGGAACCUCAGCUGAUCCACCUGGCGAAUGCUCUCUUCGUGAAGGAUGGUCUCCAGGUAAACCCGACCUUCGUCGAUGCCUCCAAAGGAUUCUACAACACCAGCAUCAACCUGAUGGACUUUUCCGGUAAUCCGCAGCAGUCGGCAAGCUACAUCAAUCAGUGGGCCAGUGACAACACGUACGGCAAAAUCAACCAGAUCGUGUCCAACUACAUCAGUCCCGAAACGCAAAUGAUCGUCGCCAACGCGCUCUACUUCAAGGGACUAUGGAAGGAAAUGUUCGAGAAGCAAGCGACCACCUUCCGGAGGUUCUACCCGGACGGCCACGCCAACCCAUCUACUGCCAAGGAAAUCCCCACGAUGGCCGUCAUCGGCUGCUACCCGUACUACGACGCCGUUGAACACGACGCCAAAAUCGUCGGACUCCCGUACCAAGGCGAUAAGACUGCCCUCUACAUCAUGAUUCCCAACAACUCGUCCCGAUCCCGCCUGCAGCACUUCCAACGAAAUCUGAACGCGCAAAAAAUCGGUGAAAUGGUCGCCCAAAUGACCGUCCGUAAGGCCCUCGUCCAAAUCCCCAAAAUGAAGAUCUCCAACACGAUCAACCUGCGAGACGUCCUCCAAAAGCUGAAUCUCCACUCACUCUUCAACCCCGCCACCAGUGAUCUGUCCAAAAUGCUCAAACCAUUCGGACCCAGCCCGGACCCCUACUACCCGGACCGGGUCGUCUUCUCCGACAGCCAGCAACAGUCCCAGCCUCAGCAGCGGCUAUACGCCAGCGAGAUCAUCCACAAGGUGGAGCUGGAGAUCAACGAGAAGGGCACGGAGGGUGGUGCCGUGACGGCGUCCACCAUCUUCCGAUCGCUGCCGUCGGUGCAGGUGCGCAUCGAUACGCCCUUCCUGAUGAUGAUCGGACACGAUAACACGCGGCUGCCACUGUUCUACGGAAGCAUUUAUGAUCCGUCGGGUAGCUUUUCCGUCAGAACAACCAUGCGAACGACGGCAGUCCUCAUCUUUGCGAUAAUUUGCUGCGCAGCAGUCCCAGCACAAUCGCAGAACCCACAAGCAACGUUUACCUAUCUACUUAGACGUUCGACCACACCCAACCCUCGGAGGCUUGCCAAAACCAGCACGGGUCGGCUUUCGAGCAGAUCUUCGGCCCUUACCAGCCCAACUGCGGUGACCCCGGCCAGAAACGAUGCCCAACUGUCGGCUGCCGUCGCCGACCUGGCCUUUGCCAUUGGGCAGCAUUCCAACGAUCUGGACGUGGCUGCGGACAUUUUCUCACCGGUUAGCAUAAUGGCCGUGCUGAAUCUGCUGCUGCUGGGCGCCGAAGGCACGACCUACCGGGAACUGCUUGGGGCACUCCGAUUGGGGAAUGUCCCCAUGAAAGAGUAUCACCCGAGGGCGGCUGGAAUGACCCGGAAUCUGUUGGCGGAGAAUUCGCGCGAGCUGGACCAGCUGGCAUGGAAGGGAAAAAACUGUGUGGUGUACGAGUACGAGGAUGAUGAAGAGGAGGAGGAGGUACAGCCCGUGAAGUCAAAAACCAAAGAGCUGCGCAUCGCCAACGCCAUCUUCACCCAGAAGCAGCUGCCAAUCAACGCGAAAUUUGUGUCCCUGGCCAACCAGCUGUACGGCGCGAGCACUCAGGCGGUGAACUUCUUAGACUCUCUGUCGACGACCUCCCUCAUCAACAAGUGGGUGUCCCAGGCCACCAACGGUCGGAUCCGCGAGGUCACCAACGGGCAGUUCUCGCCCGAGACCAACAUGGUCAUCGCCAGCUCGCUGUACUUCAAGGCCACGUGGAUGACGGAGUUCACCGCGUACGCCACCCGACCUCGUGACUUCUUCCCGGACGGAUCUUCCAGGGGUGGGGCCGCGUUCAAGGUGGACAUGAUGUCCCUGACCGAGUGUCUGCCAUUCUACUCGGACAAGGCCAGCGGCAUCAAAAUGGUCGGAUUUCCAUACAGCGACAACGCCACCACAAUGUACGUGCUGAUGCCCAAGGACUCGUCCCGAGCGAAGAUUCGUAACCUUCAGAAGCAACUUUCGGCCAAACAGAUCGACUCGAUGAUCUCCGGAAUGACCCGGCGAACCACCACGGUCAACUUCCCCCGGAUGCAGCUGGCCAGCAGUACAAACCUGGAGAAGUCGUUCCGUCGACUGGGCAUCAAAACGCUCUUCAACGCCCAGCAGAGCAACCUCAACGGAAUGCUGGACCAGUCGGCCCGUAACAAGAUUCCGCUGUUUGUGAGUCAAAUCAACCACAAGGUCAACCUGAGUGUGGACGAGCACGGAACGGAGGGUGCGGCCGUCACGGUUACCCUGGUCGAUCGGUCCGCCUCGCAGGCCUACCUGAACGCCAACGAGCCGUUCCUGAUCUACGUCCGUCACGAUCCAACGCGGUUACCGCUGUUCUACGGGGCCGUGUUUGACCCACGGGGUUAAAGGGGGGAAACCCUGGUGCGAUCACAACCCGUUGAUGAUGCCAAAGAAAUACAAAUCGUUACGUUUAAAGCAGUGCUGACGGUGUUCUACGGAGAGGUGCCACUGUAACAAAGUAGUACUUAGGCGCAAAUGUUUUUAAUUAUUUACUGGAAUAGCAUACACAGGUGCUAAUCCUAGAAUAGUGUCCUAUUUAUAAUAGUUUUAACAUUGUUGUAAACAAUCGUGACACAGGGUACAAACUGCAGCGUUUUAUUAUUAAACAGUUUGAUUUUUAGUAACAUUUCUAGUUU